UUAGGCGUUUUGUGUCCAAGUGUUAUGAACACAACUUAAGUUAUGAUGUCAUAAAUCGCGUACGAUAUGACUAAGCUGUAAGAAUGUGUUUUUGAUUAUAAGCAGUGAUGCGAGUUAGGGAUUUAACACGGUUUUCGCGAACCCAUUCUUUGGAAGUCGUGAUAAUCAGCCAACCCUUUCUAGUUUUUAUUUGUUUUGUUUCGUCACUGUUUUCUGAAAUAAGGAAACCUGUUCUUUGCGAGUACGAUGCAAUAGAAAACUAUCUGUUUUUAAAAUUUUGAACUCUACCACAGAUUAUAAGGUAAUACUGUCACAUAAGUAGCGACAAGUUCUUGUUUUCAUUUAUUUCAUACUCAAAAAGUUUAGACAAUUUUUUGAAACAGGAUUAGUAACAAUGAAAAAAAAGGUUGAUAUCAUGCCAACUAAAAUACGACGUAAUAGCACAGAGGAAUCACAGGAAACUGAAAACUACAGAGAAUAUGAAGAAUGUGGUUGUGAAACUGGUUGCGGAGGUUGUAAAACUGGAAGGUGUACAGUACCUUUUCUGAACGUUUUCAACAACGCAAAAUGGGCUCUUGCAUUCUUCUGUAUGGGAGUUUUCAUUCAAGGUAUGACUGUAAAUGGAAUAUCAAGUGUUAUAAUCAGUACACUGGAAAGAAGAUUCCAUUUGCGAAGUUCAGAAACUGGCUUUAUUGCAAGUUGCUACGAAAUUGGGGUUUGUAUCAGCAUUCCUAUCGUAACGUACAUCGGUGGAAGGGGACACAGACCCAUCUGGUUGGGCUGGGGUAUAUUUAUCAUUGGGGUUGGAGCAAUUGUGUUUUCUUUACCCCACUUUAUUGCUCCAACGUAUACAAUUAUUAACGUCAACACAUUCGUAUGUGAUCAGAAUUCCACAGAUUGCGAAGCAUCAAGCUUGCGAGUAUACAGAGGAUUCUUCAUUGUCGGCCAGCUUUUGCUUGGUAUAGGAGCAUCACCAGUUUAUACUCUAGCUAUAAACUAUCUUGAUGAGAAUGUUAAAGAAAAAUAUUCUUCAACGUACCAUGGAAUAUUCUUCGCCUUUGCUUUGCUUGGUCCUGGUGCCGGAUUUCUACUGGGAGGAUAUUUUCUCAAUAUUUAUGUUAACCCUUGGGAAACUCCUUCAGUUGAAUCUACUAGUCUGUUUUGGAUCGGAAAUUGGUGGAUCGGUUUUCUUAUCAUGGGAGGUUUAGCAGUACUGGUUUCUGUUCCUAUUAUGAUGUAUCCGAGACAAUUGCCAAAUACAGAUAAAGUCAGACUGGAUCGAGAGAAGGAAAUGCAUCAACAGAAAGACGCAAUUAAAAUCAAGGGCGAUGAAAAUUUCGGGAAAGACAUUCGUGACGCACCUAGAUGUCUUUAUAUUUUUCUGAAAAAUCCAACGUUGAUUGUCAUAUCCAUCAGUGGUGCAAUGGACUCCGGGAUCGUGUCGGCUUUUUCAGCAUUUGGAGCGAAAUAUAUUGAAACAAUGUUUAAUAUGACAUCUUCAACAGCGGCUAUAUAUUUUGGAAUUGCCGUGAUUGUAUCAGCCUUUACUGGCAACUUAUUAAGUGGAAUAUUGGUGUCAAAAUUUGAAUUGAAAGUACCUCAGAUGAUAAAGUUUUGCCUUGUAGCAACAUCGUUGGCGUUUGCGUGUUUGUUUGCGUUUUUGAUAUACUGCGAGACUCCAGAUGUUGCGGGAGUAAACAUGCCAUAUAAUACAAACUCUGAAAUGACUACGUGUCAAUCUUCUUGUGGUUGCAGCACUAACUUCUUCAGUCCUAUAUGUGGUGCAGAUCAGCUGACGUAUGUGUCAUUUUGUGACGCGGAAUGCAGCGUAGAGGAUCCGAGCUAUACAAACUGCAGCAAGGUGUUCAAUUCCACUAUCAUUACCUCACUUAAAAACGCAACAGCUACUAAAGGGAAAUGUAGCACUGGAUCAUGUCCCAGUGUUGCACUAUUUUUAUUUUUUGGUGGAUUAGCAACAUUCUUCGGCUACCUCAAAUCGCAAUCAGCUCUACAGAUAUCUUUACGUAGCAUUCCGUUACAUCAACGUUCUUUUGCGUUAGGAAUACAGUGGUUGAUUAUGAGAACAUUGGGUCAGAUUCCUCUACCAAUCAUUCUUGGAAAAAUACUGGACCUUUCUUGUAUUUUAUGGGGACAAGAAUGUGGGGAAUGUGGAGCUUGCAAAAUGUACGAUGGUCCAUCGAUGUCAAAAUAUUUAACUAUAAUGGCCACGACUGCAAAAGGUGUAAGUUUGAUAUGUCUCCUCAUCGUAUGGAAAGUAUAUAAACCGCCUGUCGAAAAAGAAAAUGGCGAAGAAGUAGUUGCUUCUGAUGACUUCAACAGACGAUCAACUGGUGCUAACGUUGCUAACGGAGAAUCUACAAAGAAGGAACCACCAAGUGCUAUUGAUAAUCCAGCGUUUAGUGAUAGUUGAGAGCUAACUGUAUACAAGACCAAUAUGAUAAAUUCAUUCGGGGUAAAUAACUCCAAUGAGGAAUUCCAUAAUUGAAAUUUUGAGUAAUGCCACAGCAGUGUUACCCAACUCACUAGGUUUCAGAUAAACAACAUAUGCGAGGAAUUGAACCCAACCUUUCUAACUAUGUGUACAUGUAUUAGAGAAACAAAAUGAAUUCGUAUCUCCAAAUAGUUAUUUUGUAGGCUUUAUCUGGAGUGUAAUUUCUGGAGUGUAAUUCAUUCGGGGUAAAUAACUCCAAUGAGGAAUUCCAUGAUUGAAAUUUUGAGUAAUGCCACAGCAGUGUUACCCAACUCACUAGGUUUCAGAUAAACAACAUAUGCGAGGAAUUGAACCCAACCUUUCUAACUAUGUGUACAUGUAUUAGAGGAACAAAAUGAAUUCGUAUCUCCAAAUAGUUAUUUUGUAGGCUUUAUCUGGAGUGUAAUUCCAAGUGAAAAACAAUAAAGAACUGUUUGUAUUCAGGAAGAAAAUAAAAACGUUCGAUACUAAUCACAUGUUUUCAGUAAUUUCAAAUAAUGCAAUACGAAGUCAUUAUUACUUCACCAAAAACAAAUCAGCAGUACUGCAAAAUAUGGUUGCAUAGUUCAAUAAAUCUCAGUUUAAUAUAUAUAUAUAUUGUCACUGUCGAUCAAUAACUUAAAGCAGGGUCGUCCAACCCGUGGCCCGCGGAAGCAUUUUGAGUGGCCCACGCUGAAUUUUCAGAAUUGAAUAAAAAAUUGAGUAAAACUA